GAUUAUUUUUUAAGUGGGUCCUCAAACUCGACUCAUCCCGCACGCAGCCCAAAUAAUAUUUCCUCUCACCACUGGGCCAAGUCCCGCAUCUGUCCGCAUCUUCUCUCGCUUAUGAUUGGUCUUUGAUAGCACACAUUUGAAGAGUCAAAUCCCUAGAGGAUAUCGAACUUUUUGAGGGGCACAAAGAUUAUUUCGAUCCAACCCUAUCUAAACACCAACCGCCAACCUCCAACCUCCAUCAUAUCGCGAUUCUAGUGCCAUCGAUACUGAAUCGCAAGUAUGAGGCCCAUUCUAUUGCAAGGACAUGAGCGUGCUCUUACACAAAUUAGAUAUAACAGAGAUGGCGACAUCAUCUUCUCAACCGCGAAGGAUCAGCACAUUUGCGCAUGGUAUGCACACAACGGAGAGAGAUUAGGCACCUACCACGGUCAUCAGGGAGCUAUAUGGACAGUCGACGUGGACCCAACAACUACAAUCAUCGCAAGUGGUGCUGCAGACAACACAGUCAGGUUAUGGGACGUUAAGACCGGAAAAUGUUUGAAGACCUGGGAUUUCAACACCGCUGUUAAGAGAGUCGAAUUCAACGAGGAUGCUACACAAUUGUUGGCUGUUACCGAACAACGUAUGGGAUUCUUGGGAACGAUCGUAGUAUUGGACAUCAACCUGGACGUAAACGGACCACAAUCUGACGAUCGGGCUUUGACCAUUACUUGCGCGGAGAGCAAGGCUACUGUUGCAGGAUGGAGUUAUAUGUCAAAGUACAUCAUUGCGGGGCACGAAGAUGGAAGUGUUUCUCAAUAUGAUGCCAAGACCGGAGAGUUACUCUUCAACACUCAAGUCCACGAACCAGAUCUUCAAGUCACAGAUCUUCAAUGGUCACCCGAUAGAACCUACUUCAUCACUGCCUCGAAGGACAAGACUGCUAAGCUUGUCAAUGCCCGGGACCUCGAAGUCAUGAAGACCUACGUAACCGAUACUCCUCUCAACAGUGCAUCUAUCACCCCCAAAAAGGAUUUCGUCAUUCUCGGUGGUGGACAAGCUGCUAUGGAUGUCACAACAACAUCAGCCCGCCAGGGUAAAUUCGAAGCCAGAUUCUACCACAAGAUCUUCGAAGAGGAGAUCGGUAGAGUCCGUGGACAUUUCGGUCCUCUAAACACCGUUGCCGUGGAUCCAAACGGAAAGGGAUAUGCAAGUGGUGGUGAGGAUGGUUAUGUUAGAGUGCACCAAUUUGAUAAGGGAUAUUUCGACUUCACAUAUGAGGUCGAGAGACAGGCUAGACAACAAUAAUUUAGUUUAUUUGGCUUGUAGGAAAGGUGCAUUUGCGGGCGUUUGUGGAUCAAAUCAAAAGGCUUGUAGAAUCUGGAGGAAGGUAGAAAGAAUGAUUGAUGAAUCUCUUUCUAUAAAGAUUUAAAUGAAGAAAGCAAGCUUUAUUGCAAAUAGUCUAGUCUUCACAAAAUGGUGAGAUAGAUGUACUUCUAAAAUGAGUAUAUCAUGAAGAAUUUGAGCAUGACACCAUUGUACUUUUCCACUACUUGGUUGAGCAAACAAAAUAUUUCAGAAUAAUGUUCCAUGAAUGCAUGGGGUAGAUAUAAAUGAUACUAAAUUUGCA